UUGUAUUUAUUUUUCAUCCAGCGUAGAUUGGUUGCCUUUUUAUUAUCUUUAAGUCUGUCAACAGAUUUUAAACAAAAAAAGUAUUGCGUCCCACUUUUUCUUUAUGUGAAAGCGUAAUUCUUGCUUAUUCUUCGCUACUGUUCUAAACCCACCAUGGCUCUAACAAACGUAGUGCUGGUGAGCCAGAUCGCGGGAUAUUUUGUGGGUUUGAUCCUGUCCCUGUGCAUCAUGGUGCCGAUGAGCAUGCACGUUCACGAGUUCAGGGGUCAUUGCCUGCUCUUCUCUGGAGGUGAAUGGCAAGAGACGGACGGGCAGUUCAACGUGCAGUGGGCCUCCAUGGCGUACUGUAACUAUGUCAUCGCCGUUGGAGUGCUCUUGUUCGUUGUGUGCCUGGUGCAGAUAUACAGAUUAUCCAUGCUGCUGUACCGUGAUAAGGACAGCUCGUUCUUCUCGGCCUUCCUGGAGGCUACCGGGUGUGCGCUACUCUGCGCGUUGGUCGUGUGUGCCGCCGUCACCGUCACGCUGGGGUUCAUGACCUGGUGCCGCAACAUCACUGACCGCUUCCCCAGUUGUGACGUCGCGGCGGGACAGGACAUCGAUAAAAAGGAUAAUAUUUCUACGAACAAUUUCUACAUGGAGAUUGGAACUGCACAGUUCGGCGCGUGGGGCGCGUUCGCGACGUGCGUGGGCCUGGCCGUGUUCUCGACGCUGAAGCUGUGCCGCUACCACCAGCUCGAGAACAUCCGCGUGUCCAUGUUCCGCGAGCGGCAGCGCCUCGUCAACGAGUCCCCGGCCACCAGCACGCCGCCCGUGGCGGCGCGCCGCCCGCACCACACGCGGCCGCAGGACAUCGACACAGUACAAGAACAGUAG